AUGGAUGGGAGCGGCUGCUGUCACGUUCUCAACAAGUCCUGGGAGUCUCUUGAGCUCCCCAGGAAGACUGUCUGCCGUCCUCUGCCCGUCACCUUCCAUCGAGCCUUUGACAUGGUGCACGACCCGCUCGUAGCACUGGAGACGCUGAUUUCCCUGGGGUUUGAGCGGGUGCUGACCAGCGGCUGCGACAGCUCUGCGCUCGAAGGCUUGUCCUUAAUCAAGAGGCUUGCUGAGCAGGCAAAGGGCAGGAUCGUGGUAGUGCCAGGGGGUGGCAUCACGGAGCGCAACCUGCAGAGGAUUCUGGAAGGCUCUGGUGCUUCUGAGUUUCACUGCUCUGCUCGCUCCGUCCGGGACUCAGGGAUGAAGUUCAGAAAUCCGAACGUUGCCAUGGGAGCAUCCUUCUCCGCCCCUGAAUACUCCAUAAAGGUGGCAGAUGUGGCCAAAGUGAGGACCCUCAACGCGAUUGCAAAGAACAUUCUGUAGCGGAAGGCAUCGUGCUGGGGCAAGAGCGCUGAGACUCCAGAGUCUUCCCUGCUGUGUGGACAGAUGGGUACUGCUUUUGUCCUCAGGCUGCAAAUGACAUGAACUAGGUGAUGAAGCCUGAUGUCUCUUCCCUUGGCUUCUCCUCAUUGACCAGUCCCCGGCCUUGAGAUUUACGCUGGCCAUUUUAAUUCAAAAGACUCAUUCCUGGAUGUUGCAGCAACAAGCUGUUCAGCAGCAUUUGGGGAGGGAGCUGAGCAAGUAGGGGGACUGAACUGUGUAGCACUGCAUGUGAUUGUCAAAUAAACACUGCAGCAGCUGCUCCCCUUUUA